AGGCGGGUCAAAUAGCUGCUCGGAAAAGCAUCAUAGAGAUGGUGCAGAAUCGAAUGAAUAGAAUCAAGCGGGAGAUGGCACAAAGCAAAAGGAUGGCAGCGAAAUCUGCGCCGCGACGCUUGACUUUCGUCAAUCCUGUUGAAGUAACCGGCUACAGCUCAUGUGAUGAUGAUUGCUCCAGCUACGAUUCAUAUUCAAGUUCAGGAUCAGAGUGUAGCGACUGCGAGAUAUGUAGGCCACCACGACAUCUUCGGAUCCCACAACUCAAGCCACCAAAAGGGCUCAAUCGGAGAGAGAUGGCUCUUGAUCUCGCAUUCUUAUUUCCUCAACCUCAAUUCAACAAAGACUACUUCAGAGCUACUACUGAACUAGCAGGCUCUCAAGACCUUAUUGGUUAUUCACGACAAUACAAUUCUGAAGGAGAGGAGCCUUUGCGGCCUACAGCGAAGAAUCAACAAUACAUGAUUGACCAUUUAAAUGACGAAAGGCGGAGAAAACGACGUGUCCUAGAUCGGGAGCUACAAAAUAAGGUAGCAUACAAGAAACACCCCGAUGACGAAAAAGGAUACAGAAUUGAAGGACUAUCUAGCAAUGAUAUGGAUGUAGACCAGGCCCAGGAUAUUAUGUAUUUGGAACGAGAAGCUUCUGCAGGGCCAUCUACUUUUGAGUCAGGAUCUCGUCCUCAUUCUCCAAUAACGGCUAAGUCUACAUUACGAUCGAGUUUAAACAGGGAUUCCAAAAGCCAUCAACCUCGAUUUCUACCAGGAUUUGGACCAGAUGGCAUGCAGUCUCCUAGGCGUACUGCAGAGUCUUUGCCUAUUCCUCCCCCCCUCCCAAGAUAUUCAACAGCCGAUCGCCAUGGACAGUCAUUGGACUCCAACCAUCUCCGGGCCCAAGAACCAUAUAGGACUUAUGGAAGAGACAUUCUACCUUAUCCGAUGACGGAAAGAGACAUACCAAGAGUACACGGCCAAUGGUCGGGACAGGAGGCAAGCUGGAAUCCUCAAAGUCAAACCUAUAUCCAGCAGCAUUUGCGUCAGCAGGAGGUUCACGACGCAGCUUAUCGCUCCCACCAAGAUCUUCACCUGUCUGAUAAUGAUUUUUCAUAUAAAGCGCCACCACCUGAGGAUGUGUAUCCGUUUGAGAGCGAACGAAGAAUUAAAUUUAAACACGUUUUCCCGCAGCAGCGACGCCUUCCCCCUUCUCCCCCUCUUCUUCCUCCUCCACCACAAGAUCCCAAUAGAUACCAGCAUCCGAGGGUGCGACCUCUCAAGAGUAAGCCCUUGCCAUUAGUUGAUCUUGCCGAUAGUCAAGGGCAAACUUACGAUAGAAGUUUGCCUCCACGCGGACGUCCACGUAUGGCAACCUCAGUGAGACUUACACAUCAAGAUGGACUAAACCAUAACACGGGCCUGAGGACAGGAGAAGGAAUCGAGUCGACUCAUGUUAACCUAUAUAAUUCACCCGCUGGAACCUCACGCUUCAAAAUGCAAGGACAGCCAUACGAGCGGUUUGUAACAAAGCCCUUAACAAGUACCCCACCAUCGAGCUCCAUGCCUCCACCAUCGCGCGCAACUCCGUGGCAUCAUCCAUAUACAGGGCCGCCAUCUUCUGGACAGCGUCACCCCCAUCGCCAUCAACCCCGGUCAACAAGUCGUCAACGUUUACAACAGCCUGCACCAAGGUAUUCACGGGAACCAUCUACUACACCGACUUUUAUGGACCUGACCAGCCCCGCGAGCUCACCUAAACAAAGCUCGGCUACAUUGCCUUCUCCGAGGAUGUCCGUGCCUACCUCCGAUGGAAACGCUUUAAUGGCCAAUGGAGAGCAGCAGAAUGGCUUGAGUUUAGGAGCAGAUCGGAUCGAAUCACAGUCCACGUCCACGUCUCCCAGUCAUUACAUCAAAGAGGAUCCAUCUGACACUCUAUCUAAGCAUGACAAAACUACGGUUGAGAUUGAUUAAAUGAUUGUUCAAUUUUAUUUUUUUCUCGGCUGACU